ACCGCUGUCACAUUUGUACUUGUGUGAACGAGUGGCUGUGUGUGAGAGUUGAAGGGGUUGGAUGAUAUUGACAUGAAAACAACCUCACAUGAGUGGCUGAGUUACUGAUUACAGGUGAUGUUCACUUGUAAUUUGUUAAAGAUAAGACUCCCGUUUUCAGCACAAAGUCCUACGCAAAGGGACAGUCAGCCUUCCACCGCCAUCCCUCAGAGGACCACUGCUGGUUGUCAGGUCUUGUGCUAUUCCAUUUUCUACUGUCCUGGAUUUCUCUGAAGCACGGCAGCAUCAUGAGCGUAGAAUCCAAGAAAACACGUGAGACAUGCUGCUCCAAGCUUAAGUUCUUCCUGGCCUCCCUGGCAUUUGUAUAUUUUGCCAAAGCCUUUGCUGGAGCUUACAUGAAGAGCUCCAUCACACAGAUUGAAAGACGGUUUGAUAUCCCAAGCUCCCUGAUUGGUGUUAUAGAUGGCAGCUUCGAAAUGGGCAACCUGCUCAUCAUCGCCUUUGUGAGCUACUUUGGUGCUAAGCUCCAUCGUCCCAGACUGAUUGGAAUUGGUUGUCUGAUCAUGGCUGUGGGAUCCUUCCUUGUAGCCCUGCCUCACUUCUUCCAGGGACUGUAUAAAUAUGAGACCAGUGUGUCUCACAAAGCUGCUGUCAACAGCACUGAGACCAUCCUGCCCUGUCUGUCCAACCACAGCAUGACUGAUGCAGAUGACACACUUGAUGCAGAGACCAAAUUAGAGUGUGAAAAGGCUGCUGGUUCACCCAUGUGGAUCUAUGUAUUCUUGGGAAACAUGCUGCGAGGAAUUGGAGAGACUCCCGUCAUGCCACUGGGAAUUUCCUAUCUGGAUGACUUCUCCAGAGAAGAGAACACCCCUUUUUAUUUGGCCUGCAUCCAUACAGUAGGAAUCUUGGGACCUAUGUUUGGCUUCAUGCUUGGGUCCUUCCUUUCCAAGAUUUAUGUGGACACUGGAUUUGUGAAUUUAGACACCAUCACCAUCACCUAUAAGGACUCCCGCUGGGUGGGAGCCUGGUGGCUGGGCUUCAUAGUGACUGGCACAGUGGUUCUACUGUCUAGUAUCCCAUUUUUUUUCCUUCCAAAGUCUUUACCCAAGCAAGGGCAAGAGCAAGAGGAAAUUCAAAGCAAAAGCACAGAGCUUGCAACAAAGACCGAGCAGGAACAAUUCCUGCCAGAGGAAACCCAGGAGAAAGUCAAAUUUCAGGAAAUGGCUAAAGAUUUCAUUCCAUCUCUGAAGCGACUCUUCAGAAACAGAAUCUACUCGCUGAUUAUCCUUGCCUCCCUCGUGAUUGUCAACGGCUUUAUUGGCCUGAUCACCUUCAAGCCAAAGUACAUAGAGCAAGUCUACGGCCAGUCAGCCACCAAAGCCAUUUUCCUCAUAGGUAUAUUGAACCUGCCAGCGGUAGCUCUGGGUUUCAUCACUGGAGGUUUUUUGCUGAAGCGUUUCAAGUUGGGUAUUGUUGGAGCAGCCAGGGUGGCAAUUAGUGCUUCUUUGGGGUCGUUUUGCCUGCUUGCCGUUCAGAUUUUCGUCCAGUGUGAAAAUGCAGAGGUGGCCGGUCUCAGCAUGUCAUAUCAGAGAGUCCCUCAAGUGUCCUACAACCCACAGACUUUGCUGUCUCAGUGCAAUGGACAUUGCUUCUGCUCAGUGAAGCACUGGGACCCGGUCUGUGCAUACAACGGCAUGACUUAUGCCUCACCCUGCCUGGCCGGCUGCCAGACCUCCACCGGAAUGGGCAAAGAAAUGGUGUUUCAUAACUGCACCUGCAUUAAUGAGGCAGGACUAGCUGCAAACGCAUCUGCAGUGCUGGGCCAGUGUCCCAGGAAGGAUGAUUGUGACAUAAAAUUUAAAAUCUACAUGGCGUUGUCUGUAAUUGGGUCCUACAUUUCUGCCUGUGGAGGAACGCCAGGAUACAUUGUUCUGCUCAGGUCUAUACAACCAGACUUGAAGUCGCUGGCUUUGGGUAUGCAGACACUGAUCGUAAGAACUCUGGGUGGCAUCCCUCCACCUAUAUAUUUUGGAGCACUGAUUGACCGAACCUGUUUGAAGUGGGGUACAAAGCAUUGCGGUGGCCGUGGAGCAUGCAGACUCUAUAAUGCUAAUGCGUUUAGACUUACAUACCUAGGAAUGAUUACUGGACUCUACUUCUUGGCCAACACAGUGUGGGGCUACCUCUACUACAGCAUUGUCAAGCGACAGAAGAAAAUAGCACUGAAGAAUCAGUCCAAAGAAAAUGGACAGGAGAGUAAUGCAGUGACCAAUGGACAUGCCAAUAUCAACAUUGCAGACAUAGACGACAUGGGCACGGAGUGCACUAUUUAAUGUGUUUUAGGAAGACUACACUACUGUUAAAUAUAAGUGAAUGCCUGAAUAUUGUGCUGCUUCCAUACUGGACCAAAUAUUGGUCAUUCUACAGCAUCAGUACUUUUCGGAAUUAAGCAGUAAACCUUGUUCUUUCGGGUAAAAUGUAACAAAGCUCUAAAAUGUAACAAAGCUUACUAAAACUAAAAUGACACAUUUUAUACAGUAC